AAAGUGUGGUUUCCACUCACAAGUCUCAAGACUCUUAACCUCCUAAUUAAACAAUAUUAAGCACUCUCUCUGCCCUCUAGCUACUUUGUUUUUGUGUUUUUUUUUCCCCACCAAAUAUGGAGAAGACAAUGAGUGAAGCAUUUGGCUUCCACGCCGUUUCAGUUGUUCUCUUACUCCUUAUCAUUCUUAACUUGCUACUUAUCCUACACUUGCCCUCCGGCUCCUGGUAUGCUCUAGUGCCCUUCUUUAUAUGCUUCCUUUCCGAUUUGUUUCAGAUUAUUGUUUGGUCUGAGAGCAGCAAGUGCAAGACCAUCCAAAAAAGUAGUUGCAUUGCCAAGAAACAAGAAGUUACUUGCCUUCAUGAAAAUGAAAUUGUUGUAGAUGACAAGAAACAGCUGUGUACGGGAGAACUUGGACAGAUAAUGGAGAAACUGGGAACGUUAUUUGAUGCAGAUGGUGGUAAAGUAGUUGAGGGGAGAGUUGGGUCAAAGGAGAUUGCUGACUUGUUUGAGGAGGAACCAAGCCUGGAGGAAGUAAAAGAAGCUUUUCAUGUGUUUGAUGAGAAUAAGGACGGGUUCAUUGAUGCAGGGGAGAUAAACAAGGUUCUCUGUGCAUUGGGUUUUGUUGGAGCUUCAGAACUGGAAUGCAAAAGAAUGAUCAAAGCCUUCGAUCAUAACGGAGAUGGACGAAUUGAUUUCAAUGAAUUUGUUCAACUCAUAGAGAACAGCUUCUGCUGAGCACAGCAUAAAAUCCUCAACAAUAGACCAGAGAAAUAUCUCUUCUAUUAUAUUACCACCCUUUCAUUAGUAUUAGAUAGUGAUCUCGAAUCAACAUUUGGGAAAAAAUGGCUUAGGCCACUUGACACCUUUCUUUCUUUCUUUCUUUCUUUCUUCUUUUUUUCUUUCCCCUUCUGCUUUCAAUGUUUCAAAAUCAACUAGGCUACUUCUGUCAUGACCCUGCAAACAUUUGAAAACUGAUGAAAUUGGAAACAAGUUUCUUUCCAAAAGAUAAAGGGCAGGGCUUUAAGUUGCAACUGUCAAGAAGUUUCGAAAGCGUUGACCAUGAAAAAUAAAGCCAUUAAAUGUCAAUAAGUUUACAACAAGAUACAUAACUUGCUCAGAAAGCAAACUUAUAUAUGUUAUCAUAAAUCAGUUAUAUGAGAGACAACUAC